AUGUUAAACUUUAAUCUUCCAUCAUUCCUCCGUAAGACAUCACUCUUUGACACCUCCUUUGAAAGGGAAAGAGCGGCGUUUGUUCAAGGCGGUUCGUGGUCAAAGGACGUCCGACGAGUGAGUGUGAGCGGCGAUCAGACCAAGGCCCACGUCACCGGCCUCCACCCUGCUCACAGCUACCAGCUGCGGGUAGUUGCAGAGAAUUCUGUCGGAACGUCUAAUGCGAGCGACGUCGUUUCUGUAACCACGUCCGAAGAAGUUCCAGGAGGACCGCCGCGCGAUGUUAAAAUCAAAGUCAGGAAUUCAGAGGCUCUGCUAGUCAGUUGGAAGGCAUACAACAGAGCAGGAGCUGGACCCCGUAGUCAGCAGCUUGUUGCUUCAACUGAUGAAGAUGUGCCUGGAGCUCCUCCAACUGAUGUGCAAUGCACUGCAUUAUCGGCAUAUAGCAUUCUGGUUCUGUGGUCUCCACCCCCUGAGACAGAAAUAAAUGGAAUUCUUCUGGGUUAUCGAGUCAUUUACCAUGCUCUCUCGAACUGGGAUGAUAUGUUCACUGUGGAUGAGCAAACAACAAUAGAAAACAAGAUUGAAUUAUUGGAUCUCACUCCUUUCUGUAACUACAGCAUAGAAGUGAAAGCCUUCACACGGAAGGGUGAUGGAGUUCCCAGCCGUCCGAUCUUUUGCAGAACACAGGAAGAUGUUGGCUGCGACUGCGACGCUGCCCCCUUCUCUUUUCCCGCCCCGGCAGACGGCGACACGGCCGCAACACGACUGGAGUCGUCGCUGUUUCCCAAGCUCCGGUCGGCGGCGGCGGAUUCAAAUACAUAA